UGCUCUCUAUCCAUCUGGCUCUUACCACUUUAUUGUCUCUCUCUAUCUUCCCUGCCGUCCCGUCAUCUUCUUUCUUUAGUUUUGCUUCUUCUCUCAUUUCUCUGCCUCUUUUCCCACUCUUUCCUUUCUGUGCCGACACUCUUGCUCUUAUCAUCUGUGCUCCUGAGCCUGAACGUGCAGCACCUGUGCAGACAGGAGUUUGUUGGGUCGAGGUGGAUGGUUUUUUCUUUAUUUAUUUAUUUAUUUUUGUUGUUGUUGUUGUUGUUGUCAUCUAUUUUGUGUGUGUUAAACUGAGGAGGAAGGAAAGACGGCAUUCAGGGACAGCUGACCAUCAUUUCAUGAAGACAUGUGGAGACUUGGGAACUGAACUCCUGCAGCUUUUUUCCAGCUGUUAGUCUUCUGUUAUUUCUUUUUUCUUCUUCUUUUGCAACACCUGGAAUGAUUAACGUGGACUGAUGGAUGUUUCCGAACUGUGCAUCCCUGACCCUCUGUGCUACCACAACCAGUUGCUAACCAGAAUGCCCUCUGAUGACCGACACCUAUCCUCCAGCUGCGGUUCCUAUGUCAAAACCGAACCUUCCAGUCCUUCAUCCUCGCUUGUAGAUACCGGCAGUCACCACAGCCCCAGUGGCAACUCUGACGCCAGCGGCGGCUACAUUAACGGCAACAGUGGACGGUCACAUGCCCUAGAAUCCCCACCAAUGUUCAACCCAGGAGUGCUUGGGGGCGGCAGUGCCUGCUUGCGUCGCUAUGAAGAGUGCUCCGGCAGCAUGGCAGAUGACUCGCCAAUCAAGUGCGAGUACAUGCUCAACGCCAUUCCCAAGAGGCUGUGCCUGGUGUGUGGCGAUAUCGCCUCAGGGUACCACUACGGGGUGGCCUCCUGUGAGGCCUGCAAAGCCUUUUUUAAAAGGACAAUACAAGGGAAUAUCGAGUACAGCUGUCCGGCUACAAACGAAUGUGAGAUCACAAAGAGAAGACGGAAGUCCUGCCAGGCCUGCCGCUUCAUGAAAUGUCUUAAAGUUGGCAUGUUGAAAGAAGGUGUGCGUCUGGACCGGGUAAGAGGGGGACGACAGAAGUACAAGCGGAGACUGGACACAGAAAACGGGACCUACCUCGGCCUUACCAUCCCCCCUCCAGCCAAAAAACCACUGACAAAGAUCGUUUCCCAUCUUCUAGUGGUGGAGCCAGAAAAGAUCUAUGCCAUGCCUGACCCUACCAUGCCCGAUGGAGACAUCAAGGCCUUGACCACUCUGUGCGACCUGGCUGACCGUGAGCUGGUGGUCAUCAUUGGCUGGGCCAAACAUAUCCCAGGUUUUUCCACACUCUCACUGGCAGACCAGAUGAGUCUACUGCAGAGCGCCUGGAUGGAGAUCCUUGUGCUGAGCAUUGUGUUUCGCUCACUCCCCUGUGAGGACGAGAUUAUGUAUGCAGAGGACUAUGUGGUGGAUGAGGAGCAGGCGAGGAUCUCAGGCCUGCUGGACCUUCAUGUUGCAAUCUUGCCGCUGGUUCGGCGCUACAAGAAACUGCGCAUGGAGAAGGAGGAAUUUGUCACACUCAAAGCCAUUGCGCUUGCCAACUCUGAUUCCAUGCAUAUAGAGAACAUUGAGGCCGUCCAAAGGCUCCAGGAUUCACUACAUGAGGCCCUUCAGGAUUUUGAGGGCUCCCAGCACCCAGAGGACCCCCGACGGGCAGGGAAGCUGCUGAUGACCCUACCUCUGCUUCGUCAGACGGCUACCAAGGCCGUUCAGCAUUUCUACAGCAUCAAAAUGCAGGGCAAAGUUCCCAUGCACAAACUAUUCCUCGAGAUGUUGGAGGCCAAAGCUUGACACCUGGGUCGGAUGCUUGACAGACAGCUGCACCACCCAAUCCAAAGCAGGGGACACCCCAUAAAAAAGAAAGGUGGAGUGCCAAUUGACAGUCAAAAGGAUGACACUUGGACUACGGAGUCCUUUUACUCUUUUAAAUAUUAAUAAAAGAAAAAUUAAAAGGGGGACUUGUAAUAGUUUUAAAAAGGGUGACUAUCAACCUGAUUGAAGUAGGAUCAUGAUUAUGUAUAUAAACAUGUUGUGUACAGAAAUCAGGCAAAUGAGGUCUUGUUAUAACUAUAGACCCAUUGCUCUAUAUCACCUGAAGCAUCUGUGAAUUUUUUUCUUAUUUUAUUUAAAAAAUGAAAGUGUGAUAAUAUAAACAUCCUAAUGAACUGUACAGCUACGUACCUUGAUGUGUUUGUUUCCUUAUCUCAUAUUUUCUAUUCUCCAUUGUUAAGCAAUAGUCUCUAACUGGUCUACAUAUAGUAUGUGUACUGUAUAUUGUGUGAAAUUGCACUGGGUGCAGGGGGGAGAAUUUUUAGGCAUAUUCUUAAAUUUGUCAUAAAAAAAAAACGUGGUACCCAUUUCCUCAAUUCCUCAUAAUACAUUUACCUCAUGGUAUUUCCAUCAACUCAGUGGUACAGUCAUUUUGAUGCAUAAAGAGGGACAGUGGUUGGAUAGUGAUCAUUGCUCACUAAGUGUUUGCACUAAGCAUCUACGAAUAAUGUGGCAAUAAUGGGUAUUGUACAAGCUAGCUCUGAGUCUCAGUCAGUGUGUUUUGCAUAUAGAGAUAAAACCCUGCCUUGACUUCUCUCUGUGUUCAUCAUACACACAUAUUGGCAACUUAACAUGCUGUGAAACAUGGACAUAAGAAGCUACAUUUUGUGCUAAGGGUUUUGCUUAACUGUAUGGCUGUGUGUCAAAAACAUUUUUAUCUUAAAGGGCACCGUACCAGCAAUAUUUAUUAGUUAAUUGCAAUCUAAUAGCCCUACAAUAAAUAGUACCCUUGUGAUGUCAACUUUCAGUUUGUGUCAAGUAGUGCUUACUCAAUGCUCUUGUACUUUUAUUAAGUUUUUUAACAGGAGGCUUUGUGUUGUCAGAAUUGAGUUUUUUUCUCCCUUUCACUUCUCAAACAAUGAGUGUCAUUGUAUUGAAAUUCUGGGAGCCCAUCAACCUUUAGUUGAUGACUUUAAUGGUUAAUGUUUUUAGGUUCCAGUGUAGCCAGCUGAUAUCAGGAUAAACCAUGAACCAUAGCCACUGGUUACUGGUCAAUACCAGAAAGCUUCCAAAAUUUUUCACACAGAUUCUGCAUAUUUACAAGAAAAUAUAUCUGUGUGAAUUAGUAUAUUUAUAGCAUUAAUUCAAAACGCAUCUAUUGGCUUUUUGUCAGUCAUAUAUGACAUACAAAACUAUUGUCAUUAAAAUCCAUUUUUUUUCUCUGUUAUACGCGGACUACAGGGUAAACUAUUGAGGCUCAUCCAGAAGAAACUGAAAGUAAGCAAAUAACAGUAAUGCUGUUGUAUGAAUCUGCUUAGAUAGAUAUACUAAAACAGUAUUUUAAAAAAUGUGCAAAUUGGGAGAAAUCCGAAAUAAUUUUUACCUUGUUUUCUUAAACUUCUUAAACUAGUGAAACUUUAAACACUAUGGCAGAAAACAUCAUUACAGCUUUACAGCUCACUGAUGCUCUGCAUCUUCUUUGGUUUUGAGUCAUAUUAAUGAAGGUGCUAAUCAUUCAGAAAGGCAUUGUAUAUAAACACUGAUGCUGUUAACAAAUAAGUAAUUGAGAGGCGAUAGACUUUGAGAGUUUUAUAUCCUAACAAUCAUGAAUCAGUUGCCAAAUAAUUCAAAGAAAGCAUAACGUGAUAGUUAACAACAUGCCAUAUUGCUCACAGUUAUAAUAACCUGAGCAGAUUAGAUGGAAUAUGUUAUCUUAAGAUAAAAAUUAUAUAAUCAUAACUAAAUCAGCUGCUUUUAGGAUUUUACUGAGACAGAUGUCAUCCCUUGUGAACAUUUUAAAGCAGUUGUAUGUUUAAAGUGUCAAGUGCCAUUAGCUUUUACCCAAACCAGAAGAAAACAUAAAGCCAGUAACUAUGACGAGCCCCACAGGGAUGUUAUUGAUUCACUGUAAUGUAAUGUAUAGAUAAUUAUAACCCUAUGCCGCAGAGAAUACAAUGCCCAUAGUGCACUUGUGCUGUUGUUAACCAGCUAAUCCAUCCUCAGUUAAAAUGAGGGAUGUAUCGCCUCCAUUCAGUAGCAAACCAAAGCAGAAACUGAUAUAACUGCAUUUUGAGCCAGCCUGCUGUUUCCAAAUAAAUAUUGAUGUUAUAAGAUAUUAGUUAAUGUUAUAGCUUAAUUCUGCUGUCUCCACACUGAACUGUCAUGGUGAUAACAGGAAACAUUAUAAACUUUGACGCAUUUUGUUCACUCAAAACAAUUAUUGAUCAAGCAUAUAUAUAUAUAUAUAUAUAUAUAUGAGAGAGAAGUUUUCUGUGCUGCACCAGUUAAUGUUGUGCUGAUUGUGUGGUGUGUUAAUGAACACAGUCUGACUUGACCAAAACCCACCCUCUUCUGAUCAUUCAUGGAUCUCCUCUGUGCACGUUCAAGACUUGGAGUAGAUAAUUGUUUCCGAACUUAUUCACUCUUCAAAAUUAAUAUUAGAAAAUAAGAGAAAACGCCUAAUUUAUUUUCAGACGUCUAUAACAGUUCUACUACAUCCAAUUAAUCCUAAUUGUCUCCUAAGCUGAAAUUCUCAAUAGAAAUAGAGCAAUUAAAUUUCUGCUUUGGCUCUACCUUUGGGACGAGAGACAUUUUAUUUCGGUUGACGGCAGGGAGGGUUUUUGUUGAAACCUUCAUAAAGGCGAUUUCAUGGGUGUCUGUAAUAGUUUCAUAACAGAGCAGCGAUCACUGGGCUAUGCAAGGCAAGUACGGCCACCUGUGUUCUUUGUGUCGUAGGUCAUCAGAUUGAUAUUUAGUUGUGUUUUGUUUACAAUGUGGACAUUCUUGUACAAAUGCAUUGUGCAUAUUUCAUUGAACUAUAUUGUAACUGCUGUGCAUUAAUGUGACUAUGAUCAAUUGUUUAAUUUGCCACUUUAAUGUAUUCUCAUGUGGAAUUAGGAACUUCAGCUGUAUGAUACAAGUCACUGUACUGAGUCAACAAGGAAAUAAUAAGUCCAUAAUAUUUAGUCUAAGGUGGCUUUUUAUGUUUUUCUGUGUCUUUGUCUCUUUCAGUGUUGAAACACUCUUUGUCUUCAUCAUUUUGGUCAACAGCACAGCAGGACAUAUAGCGACUACUAAAGUUGUCUAGACCCUAUACCUCAAUUCAUAUUUUGAAAAUUACACUGAGUUUGGAAGCGGGCCAUGGGUUCCUCCUGGGAAUCAGUGGCACAGAAAUAAAGUGACAUCACCGGCUGGGUAUUGAAAAAAAAUGUAGAUGAACUUACUGCAAUUGAGGGAACACAUUCCUCGGAGGAGAAAGCUGCUUAUUCGUUGCUCCAUUUGCAGACUUAUCUCCAUGCACUCUGAGAUGACAAGAUUUACAUAAAACAUGGAGGAACCUCCCUGGCCGUCCUGGUCCAUGGUGUAUAAGGGACCCUGCUAGGUGUGUGCUCCACAGACAUGUGAUUACCCAAGAGGUUCACCCCUUCUGAAGCAAUAUGUUAACAUCUGUGAAAUAUAAAUCAAGUUAAAAGGGAGCUUUGGUUCAUUUUAAUUAUAAACUUCCCCUAUGCUUGGAGGAGGACAGGCUAACUGUGAACACUUUCCUAAAAAGGGAAAAUCCACAGCUGGAAUUCAGUGGACAGUCCUGUGUGACAUUUUCUUGUGUUUUGUUUGGUAUCUUCAUGCCUAUUGUUCCCAUGUGUAAAUAUGCAUAUAAGCUUUUUGGCGGGGAAGGGUGAAUUAGAGCGAACAAUGCACUGAAUGUACAGUGUCAAUAAAAUCCCAUGGUUUAUG